AUUUUCCAGCUGUGCAGGAUCUAAUUUCAGCACCGAAAACGACUAAAUGAAAUCCAAAUAACGCAAACCUAAAUUGUCAUUCGGUCAAACUCUUGGAACAGCGGCUUUGUAUGAGGAGGUGAAGCUCGGGCGCAGCCGCACCUGUCGCCUCACAAGUGCACACCGGCUGCGCGUAAAUGCCACCGGCGCACAGCGGUGAGCUCCACCAUGGCAGCUGGAUUAACGGCUCCAGUUUAUUAAAGCUGUGGAAACGGUGACCUUCACGUGCUUCAUUGCCGAUUCGAUGCGGAAAAUGCACAGAGGAGUGCUCGUUCUUGUGGCGGAGAAACGGUCAGGAAGGAUUUAAAAAAGGUCAUCUUCGGAGAGCUCCUCGGUUAAUCGUGUUGUGCAAUGUCAGGUGUGGAACCCUGAGAUGACAGAAGUGGAGCCUGUGCUGGACUUCGCCUCCUCUGGCCGCUCUGGGAGGAGGAACGCUCUGCCGGACAUCCUGGGGUCUCCGGCAGGUGUGAACCCCGGAGACCUCCCUCUGAAACUGGCGGAGCUUUCCCUCAAAGAUGGCCCGGGAGGAGUUCAGUCUCCCACAGCAGAGGAGCCUCCAGCGCCGCCGGAGAGCUCGGAGGAGACCGGGGAGUCGUAAGAAGGCGACCGUUUCUUUCCCCCAAAGACCUGCGGAGAUAACCUGAGAGACGGGAUGAGGAGCGAGUUGGAGAGCCACCUGUGGGAGCGAGGAUCUACGGAGAUCCCGUCUGAUUUGGAAGCAGCUGAACCACCGAGUGAUGGAGCGACUCCAGAAGGACCAUAGCCAACCCCCCCCCCUACCCUGUACGUGUGUAGAGGACCCCUGCAGCCUCUGUGGACACAACAGAAUCUGAAGGGGGGGGGGUGACAGACUGUAGGCUGCAAUUUACAUGGUUUGUUGAAAACAACAGCAGGUGGGACUGAAUCUCCUGUCAUUUCUUGCUGUGACAAUAUUUCAUAACGGUCCAUGUUGUGUUGCUCGGACAGCGACAGCAUUUGGGGGGGGGGUGAUGUUCAAACUGAAGUGUGACCUGAGGAAAACUUUCUAACGCUUUUUACACUAAUGUUAGUUAUCUGGUGUUUUCUGGUGUUUUCACUUUAAACUGUUUUGAUAAGUUUCAGAUGCUUUUUUUUUAGGUCAUGAAGUGUCAGUCAGACCUUAAGACUUUUCUCAAUAGAACAGUGCCCCACUGCCACCAUUACCUAUGAUGCUUCAAAAUAGGACUAAGGGAAAAAAAAAGCAAAGAUUUUUGUUAUUAUAAACAUGUGCCUAAUACCCAUUUGACUGAAGAUUUGCUAGCUGUGAAGGAUCUUCUGACUUUGGGCUGCAGAUGUUUCCUCAGACAUGCCAGGAAGUGUUAUGCAUGGAUCACACAUACAAGCAAAAAACGACGUAUGAAGCGAUCUUCUUAGACGAUGUGUGCCUGCAGCCAGAAAACAAGAGCAGCAGGAAUGAUUGCUGGCAGAAGCUGUUUGGAGGACGGCGCCAUCCGGAACCGGGUUUAGCCGUCCUCUCCUUUCUCUGUAAAUACCCUGUAAAGUAACCACAGUCUGCUGCUCACCACACUGUUUGCACACGAAACCCUUAGCCAUGUUCUGUAUUUGUCUCCUGAGGACGCUUCUUUUGGACUUUUCUGUCCCAGCUGUGAUGCUGCAACAACACUCUGGACACUGGAACGCCGCUGGGAACAUUUCCGACCAAUACAAGUCCGGGGUGUGUUCUGUAGCGUAUUGAUCUCAUAAAUGAUGCAUACUCCACCCAAUGGGACCAAACUCGUCAUGUUGACUCUAUCUGGUGAUGACAUUUGCCAAAUUAAACCCAAAAGCUUUACCUUU